CGUUGCAUUUACAGUGAAUGUGGACAUAUUUCGAAGGUGCCAAAAAUUCGGAGCCUUUAAGCUGAGAAUGAACAAAACUCUCACGUGAAGAAUUGCGGAAAUCGCAUUACGAUCACACCGUUUUUAACUUUGACGUGAGGUGCUCCGCCCCUGCCUGUCCGAGCGCCAACCAUGCCUCUGGUGACCCGCAACAUCGAGCCCCGGCACCUCUGCCGCCAGACGCUCCCCUCCGGCAUCAAGAGCGAGCUGGAGUGUGUGACCAACAUCACCCUGGCCAACAUCAUCCGGCAGCUGGGCAGCCUGAGUAAAUAUGCAGAGGAUGUGUUCGGUGAGCUCUUCACCCAGGCCAGCAGCUUCGCCGACCGGGUCACGACCCUGGGCGAGAGGGUGGACCGCCUGCAGGUCAAAGUCACUAAGCUGGAUCCCAAAGAGGAAGAAGUUUCUCUUCAGGCCAUCACCACUCGCAAGGCCUUCCGCAGUAACCUGAAUCAGGACCAGCAGCUGUUUGUCCGCACGUCUCUGCCGGUCCCAGUGCAGGACACGUACCUCACCUGCAAUGAACCCCCACCCCUCAACAAACUCAGCGUAUACAGGGAGGAUGGUAAGGAGGCCCUGAAGUUUUACACCGACCCCUCGUACUUCUUCGACCUGUGGAAGGAGAAGAUGCUACAAGACACCAAGGACAUCAUGAAGGAGAAGCGUAAGCACCGGAAAGAGAAAAAGGACAACCCGAACCGGCAGAACCUGAACCCGCGCAAAAUCAAGACCCGCAAAGAGGAGUGGGAACGUCGCAAGAUGGGCGAAGAGUUUGUGGUCCCCAAGACUGACGGAGGGAACGCCAAUGACAUGCUGAACGGCAGUAUCAGUUCUGGAGACGGGAUGGGCUUUAUGGGAUCUGACGGGUACCUGGACCAGAGCCAGAGCUCGUAUUCCUUGGACGCCGGCUCGCCGCCACCGCCCCCGGUGUCUGACGACUUCCUGCCGCCUCCGCCACCCGACAUGACGUACAACGAGGGGCAGAAAGGACCCACCCAGAAACGCAGCAGCAUGCUGAGCCCCACCCACCCUCCUCCUGCCCCGCCCAUGGCCUCCUCACCCCCUGGGGCCCGCCCCAGCAUGUCUCCCCCGCCAGCUCCCCCUCCCCCACCCCCCUCCGGAAUGAUCCCCCCACCCCCUCCUGGGUUCGAUACUCCUCCCUCCCCCCUGCCUGCACUCGCUCCCUCCUUCCCCUCUCCCCCUGCCCCGCCCCCACCUCCCUCUAUGGAUUCGGCUGUCCCAGCCCCUCCCCCGUCCAUGCCCCCCGGAGGCCCGCCCCCUCCUCCACCCCCUCCGCCUCCCCCCGGGCCUCCUCCUCCUUCCUCAGGACCCCCUGCACCCCCUCCUCCCUCUGGUGGUGCCCCGCCUGCCCCCAAAGCUCAGCCAGCCCCCGCCGGCGAUGCGCGCAGCGACCUGCUGCAGGCCAUCCGACAAGGGUUCAACCUGCGGAAGGUGGAGGAGCAGCGGGAGCAGGAGAAGCGGGACCACAUGGGGAACGACGUGGCGGCCAUCCUGUCGCGCCGCAUCGCCGUGGAGUGCAGCGACUCCGAGGAUGACUCCUCCGAGUUCGACGACGAGGAGUGGUCAGACUGAGCUCGUCCUCGCCGUCGCCUCGGCCUUCGUCGCCGCUCUAGAACCUGGGCAGGCAGAGGGUGGCACCCGCGUGGCCCCCUUUCCCUGCUCGCUCUCUCUCUCUCUCUCUUCCCCCCUCUCCUCCAUCUCGAGGGGCGUAGAGUUUAGGGAGGCAGCUUAACUUCCAGUUUUGGUGUUAAUUUUGAUUUUAGACCAUGAUUCGGUUAAAUUGCAGUAUCGUUUCUGUUGUGGAGGUGGGGGUCCAAAUGUUUGUGUGUGAGGUGUGAGUGAAUGUCGGUUUGGCAGAGUGUGUAUGUUCACAUUUAGACAUAGUGUAUGUGUGUGUGUGUGUCUGUGUGUGGGGAGAUCUGUUGUUGUUAUCAUUUUUGUUUUCAGAGCAGUAGCUCCUGUGCGUGGGAACAAAUUUAGGGGUACUGUACGGGCUGAAGGUAAGGGGCAUAGCCCCUCCCUCUACCAAGCCUGACUGACAGGCAGUGCUGAGAGGUGCCCCCCCUGCCCCCCCCUCCCACCUGUGACCCUUGAUCACAUUACAUCAUACCUGUCUCAUGAAUUAUGCAUGUCUUCUCCUUUUAGUACUGUUCUAUCUCAAAAGCAUGCGAGAUGAGGCGUGUGUGUGUGUGCACGCCUUUGUCUCACUGCUUACUUCCUGACAGCCCCAGAUGAGUAUCAUACCAAACGCUUGAUUUUAACCUGUUGACCUGAGGGCGCCUUUGCCAGCGGUGAAGUUACCUGCUCUUUGAGUUACCCUGCACACCUUCAGUUUAACCUCAGCCUCAUAUCCCAGCAGCUCUGGCAUGUUUAAUACUCAUUACUUUAAUCACAUUUUACACAGUAUUCUCCAGUAUUCCUUCAUGUUUGUUUUACCCCCCCCCCCAGUUUCCUGUCAUCCUUGCUUUUGAAAUGCAAGAUCCAAACAAUGGCUUUUUUUUUGCAUGUUUGGAACAUUGUGUGCAAUUCAGAUAGCUGUACCUACUGUAUUGUGGGGAUGUUGUGUGGAGGGGCAAGGUGCAUUGUGGGAUACAGGGCUUUAUAUUGAUACAGCACUCCCUCAGUGUAAUGUGACACUCUAACAUACAUCAUGGCAUUUGGUUCACCAUUUCAGAUACAGCGUUAAGCUGUCACUUUUGCUGAACCUAAUUAUUGAAGCCAUUUUCAGAGGGAGUGCUAGGUUAUUACUGUAUCUUUUUAUACAAAUCUGUAGUAAUGCUUAUAUAUGGUAAAUCAAUGACCUGGAGAUAGGGAGGGGAAGAGUGCAUUAUGUGAAUAUUGACCAUGGGGGCGGUGCCAUUUUUAAGUAAUAUUGGUGAACGUGGACACACAAGGACAAAGAGACUGAUAUUAACCCAGCAAUAUAUAUAUAUAUAGCUUAUUUUUUAUUUAAAAAGAGAAUCAACCUGAUAGUCAGCUUCUAUGAUGCUUCAAAUCUAAUCUUAUUUCCAGAGCUACUUAUCCAGGUAAGAGGUGAACAUGUAAGUGAAAUGGUUAGAGAAUUAAAAGCACAAGUCAUCCAUCUCUGCAAAAGCUCCUGUCUUUAGCCUGUACUGUCGUCCUGGAAACGUGCCUGGGAAGAGAGGGUUUUCAAACCCCCCCUUUCCGUCUGUCUCCCCCCACCCUGCAUCCUUCCCCCUGCCUUUCCAGACAGCUCCUCUUUGGUUACCCUGUAGGACUCUAUAGUGGUCAUUUAUUUUUGGUGUUGUGUUCUGUAAGUGGAACAUGUCUUCUCUGGGUGAAGGGAUUUGUCUUCUAAGACAGGUAAAGAGACCUUCACCCAUCUCAAUCUGGCUGUCCUCCCAUCAGAGGCACGACUUCUCUCAGAUGACAAAUGUUUCUUCCUCACUAACCAGGCCUAUAAUUGAUGAUGCAUUUAUUUACAACAAGUGCCUUUCUGCUCUUUGUUACAAGUGCCUCCUUUUAAAAAGCCAAAGUCUGUUAUAUAAAUAUAUAUAUAUAUA